AUGGCCAUCUUCUCGAGCGAGACGAGACUAUUUCGCCGGAGAACCGCCACAGCCAAAGUACAAUGCUCGAUGACCAUUUCAAAGGCAUAUCCUCACAGCGAAGCAUUAUCACCAAUCAAGCCAAGUCCACUUCGCGAUUCGGAAGAAAAGACAGCAGUUGGAGACUCCUCGCCGAACGAAUUCCUUCGAAGCAGCAGCUCCUCCAAUCCAGAAAAUAAUGAGAGCCGACUAGAUGAUUCGGCAGUGAGCGCACCAUGCGAUUACAUCCGAUCACUUGCUUCCAAGAAUGUCCGCGGGAAAGUCAUUCAAGCCUGCAACGUGUGGUUCAACCUGUCCGAACACCUCACCACCGUCAUUAUCGAGAUUGUCUCGGACCUCCACAACGCUUCCCUGAUCCUAGAUGACAUUCAGGAUGACUCCUUGCUCCGCCGCGGAAGUCCAGCAACGCACUGUAUCUUUGGAAAUGCGCAGGCUAUCAACAGUGCCACGUUCAUGAUCAUGAACACCUGUUUGAAAUUACAAAAUCUACAGCUGUCGGACCCAGCUCCCAUGGAAGCCUUGCUAAAGGGGUCGAUAGAGCUGUUCGUUGGCCAGAGCUGGGAUUUGAAAUGGAAGUUCCAUAUCCACUGUCCGUCUGUGGAGGAAUACAUGGCCAUGGUUGAUGGCAAGACGGGUGCAAUGCUCAAGGUGAUCAUCUAUCUGAUGCACAGCAUGUCUGAUCAGCGUCACAACAACAGUGUUAUCGCCCUGUUCGAUCGACUGGUUGUCCUUCUCGGACGCUUUUACCAGCUGCGAGACGACUACCAGAAUCUCCAAGACGACACAUACACCGAGCACAAGGGGUUCUGCGAAGAUUUGGAUGAGGGCAAACUUUCGUACCCUAUCAUCGUGUGCUGUGAUUUUGAUCACGUCGCAAGAGACAUCAUUCUGGGUAUUUUCCGAGAGAAGCGGAAUCCCGCUAUGAGUGCGCUGCCCAGGAACACGAAGAUUUACAUCUUGGGUCUGAUUGAACUCUCGGGGGCAUUCCAGGCUACGUGGGAAUUGUUGCAAAGCUUGAAUAAGGAGACUUGUAUGGCGCUUUCGGCUCUGGAGGAAGCCACGGGGAAGUCGAACCCUGCGUUGCGACAGAUGGUCAAGAUGUUGAUCACCACUGUACAGCCGCCCAAGGCUCGGUAA